GUUGAAGGAAGUUGGAUGUGGACACAUCCCAGAAUUCUGAAAUUGUUUUCCUGAAUUUGCAAUUAAUGAGAAGAAUAAUAAUUUACAUUGACAGUUCUGUAUUUUUAGCAUAGUGUACAUAUUCCCCAUUUAGUAUAGUGUAGCCUCUUGCACAAUGAAUAACCCCCCACAUUCAUUUUCAGACACAGCUCCCAUUAUCCCAACACGUUUUCAGGUCAAUGUAGUUAGUGAGGGCUACAGCAAUGCGGCCUGUGACGGAGACAAAGACCCACCACAAUACGAGGAAACGUCUUUUGCUAGUGAAGAUAACGGGCUUAGAAUGAAUUAUGGGCCUGGGAAUAGGGAGAUGUUCAACAAUAUACUGCACAAUGGGGACACUAUUAAGUCAGAAGGUAGUUUCCAUAUAUACGAGUCUCACGGCAACACAUAUUACAUGAAAACAUUUGGAUACAACACGAUGGAUGCUGUUCCCAAGAUUGAUUAUUACAGAAAUACUGGUACCAUCUCUGGGGUCAAGCAAAAUCGACCAAGUCUGGCAGAAAUCCACGAGCAGUUGUCAAAGGAUGUUGCGGUAACCCCUGGUUCGGUUUCAAAUGGCGAAGGUGUUUUGAGCGAUGAGGAGCAAAAUGAGGAGGAACAGCAGAAGGGGGGAUUCGUAAAAUUUGGAUGGAUUAAAGGUGUUUUGGUCAGAUGCAUGUUAAACAUAUGGGGUGUGAUGCUUUUCAUUCGGCUCUCAUGGAUCAUAGGUCAAGCUGGAAUUGGUCUUGGAGUGGUUAUCAUUUGCCUUAGUGUGGUGGUGACCAUGCUAACAGGUUUUUCUAUGUCUGCUAUAUGCACCAAUGGCAUUGUCAGAGGCGGUGGAGCCUACUAUCUUAUCUCAAGAAGUCUGGGGCCUGAAUUUGGUGGCUCUAUAGGGCUUAUCUUUGCCUUUGCCAAUGCUGUUGCUGUCGCUAUGUAUGUCGUUGGGUUCUCAGAAACUGUUGUGGAUCUUCUUAAGGUCAAUGAUGCACUCAUGAUAGACGAAACAAAUGACAUUAGGAUUGUGGGGACGAUAACAGUGAUCUUACUACUUGGUAUUUCUGUAGCAGGCAUGGAGUGGGAAGCUAAGACUCAAGUUGUGUUGCUGAUUAUAUUACUCAUCGCCAUUGUAAAUUUCUUUAUUGGAACCGUUAUUCCGAGCACAAAGGAAAAAAUGGCACAAGGAUUCUUUAAUUAUAAAGCUUCAAUAUUUGCUGAAAAUUUUGGUCCAGAGUUCAGGAAUGGAGAAGGUUUCUUCUCUGUGUUUGCAAUUUUCUUCCCAGCAGCUACUGGCAUUCUUGCAGGAGCAAAUAUUUCUGGCGAUUUAAAGGAUCCACAAGGAGCUAUUCCUAAGGGUACCAUGCUAGCCAUCUUAAUCACAACUAUUGCUUACCUUGCGGUAGCUAUUUGUGCAGCUGCAUGCGUAGUGCGUGAUGCCACAGGAAGCAUGAAUGACACUGUCACUUCUAUCUUACAAUGCAACGGGUCGGCUGCCUGCACGCUUGGGUACAACUUCUCCAUAUGUGAAACUGAGAAGUGUAACUAUGGGCUGAUGAAUAACUUCCAAGUGAUGAGUAUGGUAUCUGGAUUUGGCCCUCUGAUCAUUGCAGGCAUUUUCUCAGCCACGCUGUCUUCGGCUCUGGCAUCUCUCGUCAGUGCACCCAAAGUAUUUCAGGCUCUCUGCAAGGAUAACAUUUAUAAAGCACUUCACUUUUUCGCUAAAGGACAAGGAAAAAACAACGAACCAAUCAGAGGAUACGUUCUUACAUUUAUUAUUGCAGUGGCCUUUAUUCUGAUUGCUGAGCUGAAUGCGAUUGCACCCAUCAUCUCCAACUUCUUCUUGGCCUCAUAUGCUCUGAUCAAUUUUUCCUGUUUCCAUGCUUCAUAUGCAAAAUCUCCAGGCUGGAGACCUGCAUACAAAUAUUACAACAUGUGGGUGUCCCUGUUUGGAGCCAUGCUCUGUUGCGGUGUCAUGUUCGUCAUCAAUUGGUGGGCAGCUGUGAUCACUUACGGCAUAGAGCUUUUCCUGUAUAUAUAUGUGACCUACAAGAAGCCAGAGGUUAAUUGGGGCUCUUCAGCCCAGGCUCUUCACUACACAAAUGCCUUAAACAGUGCUUUGGAGCUAGACACAAUUGAUGACCACGUCAAAAACUUCAGACCUCAGUGCUUGGUUUUAACUGGAGCACCAAUGGCAAGGCCAGCCCUCUUGGAUAUUACUAACUCUUUUACAAAGAACACAGGACUCUGCAUCUGUUGUGAGGUGUUUGCUGGACCACGCAAACAGGCUGUAAAAGAAAUGAACAGUGGGAUGAGCAAAAAGCAGAAAUGGUUAACUAAAAACAAAAAGAAAGCAUUUUAUGCGGCAGUCGCUGCUGACAGCUUCAGAGACGGUGUGAGAACACUUCUCCAGGCAUCUGGUUUAGGAAGACUGAAGCCAAAUACCCUAGUGAUGGGAUUCAAGAAAGAGUGGAGACAAGCCAGCACAGUGGAUCUGGCCAACUACGUGGGUGUAUUGCAUGAUGCUUUUGACUUUGAAUAUGGAGUUGCAAUUGUGAGAAUUAGCCAAGGCUUUGACAUCUCAGCAAUUCUUCAGGCUCAAGAUGAAUUGCAGAGGCUGGAACAAGAGAGACUGGCACUUGAAGCUACUAUGAAAGAAAAUGAAUUUCAGAAUGGGAAUAGCAGAAUUCGCAGGUUCUUCAGCAAGUCCUCAAAGUUAAAUAUUACAGCUAACUCAUCUACAAAAGAUAUCAGUCCAACUCCACAAGUACAUGGGGGCGAGUAUAACCAGAGGCUAGUAGAGUCUAGCGAACAAUUUAAGAAGAAACAAGGGAAGGGCACAAUUGAUGUUUGGUGGCUGUUUGAUGACGGAGGAUUGACUCUUCUAAUCCCACACCUUCUGACCCUGAAGAAGAAAUGGAAGGACUGCAAACUGCGUAUUUUUAUUGGAGGGAAAGUGAACCGUAUAGAAGAUGAAAAAAUGAUGAUGGCAUCACUUCUGAGUAAAUUCCGCAUUAAAUUUGCAGACGUAUAUAUUCUUGCAGACAUUAAUACAAAGCCAAGCAAAGAAAGCUGGAAAUUUUUCGAAGAGAUGAUUGAACCCUACAGACUCCAUGAGAGCGCUAUGGAUGUCCCCACCGCAGAGAAAGUGAGGAGAGAAAAUCCCUGGAAAAUAACAGAUUCCGAGCUGGAGAUGUUAAUAGAAAAGAGUUAUCGGCAAGUACGACUUAAUGAACUUCUGCAAGAACACUCCCGAUCUGCUAACCUCAUUGUCCUAAGUCUUCCGGUUGCAAGAAAAGGGACAGUUUCAGAUCACCUAUAUAUGGCAUGGGUAGAAAUUCUUUCUAAAAACCUUCCACCUGUGAUACUGGUUAGAGGAAACCACAAGAGUGUACUAACUUUCUACUCCUAAUCCUAUAAAUUUAGUCUAUUUCUAUUUUCAGAUAUAUCUUUAAUCUUCUAUUUAAUUUGCCUAACUACGUAACUAAGGCUCAUUUGUAUAGAAAAUUUAUUAAUGCCAAAAGUACAAUAAAAGGAAAUCAGAUACUGUAUACAUAUUUAAUAGAAACAUAAUAUUGUGUAUCAUAUUAUAAUAACAAUACUGAUUGAUAUGAUAUUCAGAGCAUGUAAUCUGCAUCUUAUUUAUGAAACGUGGAAUGGAGGCGCAGUAUAAAAUUGCCUUUGGCCAUAUUGCUUUUGCCUUAAUUUGCACACAGGCACAUUUCCACCAGAGAGCAUUGGUUUGCAGAGGAGCAGGAGCUGUGCAUCGUUCUACAGUAUGGCUUGGAUUGGGCAGUAUAAUGGAGUGUUCUAGGUUUGUGCAGAAAUGCAAAAGAAGAUUCCAUUGUGUCGAGCAAGGGUACACAGCCGCAUCCACUCCAUAAAAGUAAUCUGUUGGCAGACAUUGGGUCUCAUCCUAUACUUUUUUAUUUAAUGCUUUUCUAGGAGCAAUUUGUCCAACGAGUAGUAUUGUAGGAGAGAAACUGAAAUAAUCCUAAAGUGGUUGAUGUGGCGUUGCUUAGUGCACUUCUUCAGAUUUUCCUACUGCUCCGUAACCCUAGAUACGCUGCUGAUUUAUGGAGUCAUCUUCCGAGAGCAAAAAGUACCUUGACAUUGGGCUGUACAUCUAGGCACACAUUACACAGCCAAAUCAUUUUAUAGUAGGAAUCCAGUGCAAUUCCUAAAUUAGGUCUAUUUUAUUAUUCACAAAGAAAAUAUAUUUGUGUCUAUAAAUUUUCUAUUAUCAUAUUGUAGUUGUAUCUUAUAGACCUAAUAGUCCCUACACACUUAGCGACUACACUGAAAGAUAUGACCGAUCUUGUUCAUUAAUGAACGAGAUAUCGUUCAUAUCGGUCCGUGUGUAGGCACCAACGAUGAAUGAUGCGUGGCCCCGCGCUCGUUCAUCGUUGGUGCCGGCUUGUUUAUACGUGCAUGCCAAUAUGGACAAUCUCGUCAAUAUUAGCAUGCAAGGCUAUGGGGCUGGGUGACGGGAGUAGUGAAGAAACUACUUCACUCCCCCCUGUCACCGUCACCCCCCCCCCCCCCCCCGCCAGGUCGCCCGUCGGCCGUAUCAGCCGUCGUGCACCUCCGCAAAAAUGCCCAGUGUGUAGGGCCCUUAAGACAGCAAAAGAAUAGGAUUUUCAACAACAGUAGAGUCGCCUUUGAAGAAUUUGUUUUUCAGUCUAAUGUCUGACCAACUGUGGGCUAUAUUUUAUGGGAACUCUAGAAAUGUACAAUAUUAUAUCAGUCUUUUUGAUUGUGAGACAUUUAAAUAUAUGGAAAGAUGAAUAAAUAUAUUUAAAUUA